GGUUCUGCAGGUAGUGAGGGCCAGCCAUCCUCCGCACCCUGUGGUCGCGGUGCCACCAGGGUUAAUCAGCAGCACCUGUGAGCGCUCAGAGCAGGAGGAACUCUUACGCAGCUCAGGCGCUGAGAAGCAGAGACCGGCGCGGGGUCCCCGGAGCCGGCUCGCCGCCCGCCGGGAGCUGGUAUGUGGUAGGAUAGGGCCAUGUAUUGGAAGAGUGACCCGAUGUUCGUCUGCAGGCUGGAGGACAAGGACCUGCCCGCGCUCGGCGGCUCGGCGGAGAAGGCCAGCCCCCCAGCAGCUGACGAGGACUCCUGCUCUUCCUCCGCUGCCCUGUCGCCCUCCUCAUCGCCGCGGUCCAUGGCCUCAGGCUCGGGCUGCGGCCCCGGCAAGUGCGUGUGCAGUAGCUGCGGCCUGGAGAUUGUGGACAAGUACCUGCUCAAGGUAAAUGACCUCUGCUGGCAUGUGCGCUGCCUCUCAUGUAGUGUUUGCAGAACGUCCCUGGGAAGGCACACCAGCUGCUACAUCAAAGACAAAGAUAUCUUCUGCAAACUUGAUUAUUUCAGGCGCUACGGCACUCGCUGCUCCCGCUGCGGGCGGCACAUCCACUCCACCGACUGGGUCCGGCGGGCGAAGGGCAACGUCUAUCACCUGGCGUGCUUCGCCUGCUUCUCCUGCAAGAGACAGCUCUCAACUGGAGAGGAGUUCGCCUUGGUGGAGGAGAAAGUCCUUUGCAGAGUACAUUAUGACUGCAUGUUGGAUAAUCUGAAAAGAGAAGUUGAAAAUGGUAAUGGAAUUAGUGUGGAAGGAGCAUUACUAACAGAACAAGAUGUUAAUCAUCCAAAACCAGCAAAAAGAGCUCGGACCAGCUUCACAGCUGAUCAACUCCAGGUUAUGCAAGCACAAUUUGCUCAGGACAACAAUCCAGAUGCACAAACACUUCAGAAACUGGCAGAAAGAACAGGCUUGAGCAGGCGUGUUAUACAGGUGUGGUUUCAGAAUUGCAGAGCACGUCAUAAGAAACAUGUUAGUCCUAAUCAUUCAUCUACUGCUCCUGUCACAGCAGUUCAGCCCUCCAGGUUGUCUCCACCCAUGUUAGAAGAAAUGGCAUACUCUGCCUAUGUACCCCAGGAUGGGACUAUGCUAUCUGCUCUGCACAGCUACAUGGAUGCUCAUUCACCUACAGCUCUUGGACUUCAGCCUUUGAUACCCCAUUCAAUGACACAACUGCCACUAAGUCACACCUAAUUCCUUUUCAUCAGGGAUCUAAACUAUUAAAGAUGUAACCUUAAGGUAUUAGUAGCAUUGAAAAUAUAAUUGGAAAUAUAUUAAUGUGAACUUUUUAUUUAACACCCAAAGCAUUCCAAGAUAAUUUUUGCCCAGGUAUGUACAUCUAUUUAACCUGCAAGACACUUUUAUGGAUUCUGCAUAAGUAACUAUUAUGUUGUUUACAAGCCUUAUUAAACAUCUUUUUGUAUUGUCUGGAAGUAGUCUGCUCUAGUUAUGUGUGUGUUAAUUUAUUUGUCAUCAAAAGAGCACUUUGCCUAAAAGAAAGGACUGACAAUUGUGCAAAAUGUUUACAAUUCUUUGUGAAACUGUAGUUUAUCAUUAGUUUGUAUCUGUAAGUUAUUGCUGAAAGUAUUACCUGUAUUUGAGUUGUAUACAGCCUAUAUGUUAAAGCUUAUUUCUGUGAAUUUACAAAAAUUAGUUUUGGUUGCAAAUAUUUUCAAAAAGACCUGAAUAAAGUUUCUGCUGUAGCAUGCCAAGCAAAAAAUGUUUGUUUAUGGCUGAACUGUGCUCAUUUCAAGUGCUUAACUUGAAUAUUCAGUUUUAAGAGAUGGUCCCUUGUAUACUGAGGAAUAUUACACUGAAAUCUUUCAGGAGGGCUCUCACCUGUUUCCAUUGGUAGUAAAAAUCAUUUAAUGGACUUAGAUGGGUCUUGAAACACUCCAGAUAUGUGCUAUACAAGUGGGUGGGUACAUGCAAAGCACUGCUGCUCCUGAGGGUGCACACCUAGGAGAAGGGAAACUGGGGAUGUGAAGGACAGGACUUGGCAAGUGGGAAGAACCUGAAGUCACAUCUGCUUUAACAUUUUGGAUCUUUCUUACUUCAGCUUUCAUUUUUUUCUGUGCUUUUAUCUUGUGAUUUUGUUAGGUAGGAUAAUAAAUAAGAGGCAAUACCUAAAAAGUCUGCUUUUUAAAAGUAAAAUCUAGUUUGGCAUUUUAACUGACCAAUAUCAAACUGCAUAUGAACAAUGACUGAAAUUCAGUUAAAUGUACCACAGUCUACUGUGUUUAGAGCUGUUGUUGUUCUAAGACUUACUAGUAGAGCAAGUUUUGAUACACCAAUUGGAUGCACAAAGGUUACUAUAAACUCAGCUAAUUUUUGUCUUCAAAGACUAGUUUUCUUCAAUGACUUAAGACAGUUAGAUUCCCUUGCUCAUUUGAACUUUAUUUGCAUCAGAAGGAAACCCUACUUCAGAAGGGUGUGUGUGUGUCCCUAUCCCUUUUCUUUUCUCUCCCAACUAUCGGUUAGAACUUGGUAAAUUGUUCUUGCUACAGCUGAUAAUGUUUUUAUGAGGAGAAAAUAUUCUGUGAAAUUCCUUAAUGGUGCUGGUCAAACCAUUUCAAUUUAGAAAAGGUAGUGUUCUCUGUUGAUGACUUUUGUGAGCAGAACUUUGAUGGCAAGCUCUGAAUUAAUAAAGUUCUAUAAGUUUAA